AUGGGAGACUACGUUGAGAAUAUUCCCUACAUUCCGGAUCGUGUCAAUUAUGAUACACAACAGGCAAUAUCCAAGAAUAUAAUCCCGGGGGCUUGUCUCCCGGAGGGCUUCCCAGCUCGGCUGUCCUCGGAAAUGGUGUGGGAUUCCGACAGUAUCGGCCUUGAUGAGCGCGGAUUUGUGGAUGAUGAAAGAUGCAUCUUGAAAUUGAAUAGCGAUAAUCUAAAAGAGAUCCAUGAAGCACUGCAAUAUUUCAAAACUCUCAGCAAACCUCUCAUGUCACUCAAUCCAACUACCUUCCCACUUCCAUCUCUCCACCCCAUCCUCCGAGCUGUGUCAGAAAACAUACACAAAAGAACGGGAUUCUCUCUGGUGCGCGGGAUUCCUGUGGAUGAAUAUUCUCGCGAAGAGAAUGUCAUCAUCUAUGUUGGCCUGUCAUCUCACAUAGCCUCCAUCCGUGGGCGCCAAGACCAUCGGUACAAUGAGGAUCCUGCAGAUGUCAUGCUUGCGCACAUAACAGACUUUAGCUCUUCUGUCGACCCAGGCUCUGCAAUUCUCCCCGCAUAUACAGAUGGGGAGGUGAUCUUCCACACCGACACAGGUGACAUCGUCUCCUUGUUUGCGAUGGAAGAGCCCGUAGAAGGCGGGGAGAGUCUUCUUGCUAGCGGCUGGCGAGUUUAUAACGAGCUUGCGAAAUUGCGACCGGACCUGGUGAAAGUACUAGCGAGCGACUGGCCCAUUCCAAGGUCUGUGUUCAUUUCUUGA